UUCGCAUCGGUCCCGACGAUGUGUGUCGGUCGGCGUUGAGUUUGAUGAGGUGGCGGAAAAGUUCGGUGACCCUUCAGUGACUUUUACACUGGUGAUGAUAAGCAGCGAAGCGUGUUAGUAGUAGAGGAGUGUCUUUAUGGUGGAGUGGUGAUGGUUGAAGUGGUGUUUGGUGAAAAGUGAGGCAUUGUGAUGUCUAUGUGGACGAAUUAGCGCAAAGUGUGGCGUACGGAUCACAGUCAGUGGCGUUUUGAGGUCAAGAGUGACAUUUGAUCUUCUCCGGAGUCAAGCGAACGACGUUUUCGUGAUCUCAGUGAAGUUUUUCCGCUUUCCUCGUAAAUCAAACUUACCUUCCUUCAAAAACAUUUAGCUAUCAUCCACCUAUAUGUGCGGAAAAUUAUUCAUCUCGGAUAACUGAAUCUCGGGCAUUCUGCAGUCCCUAACUAGAAAUCCCCGAAUAUCUCGACAGUCACUUUUCGCUGAACGCUGACUGACUGCUGACUGCGUGAGACAUUGUUUACCUGCGUACAUCAGGGUGUGCUUACACAUCUUUACCGGCUAUACGGAGAACUUUGCGUCCUGACAAACUUCUGCGGGCCGUGGCGGAUAAGAGACACCUGGGUUCCGAAAACCAGGGACUACGUCAGCGAACGCAGCUUCCGAGAAGGACGACGAAGACGGAACAGGUUCGGUGAAGGUCGGUGCGAAAGCAGACGAUGCGUGCUGGUGCGAAAGGUCGCUUCAUAGCGUUGGCGUGCUCUUGAGAGAAAACGCAAAAGUGUCGUAUUGACAAGCUCGCGAAGAAAGAUCAGCGUCUGCUGGUUCUUUGCUGGCAAGAAAAUAUUAAUUGAAGAAUAUUAAAAAACUGCCUGUUCAGAAGAGCAGCGGGUUCCGCUUUUCGCAGUGCUGUGCCGUGCGUAACUGCAAGCAGUUGAUCUCAAUCUUCUCUUGACCAGCACUUAAACCUGGGUCCUGUCACAAGACCGACUAUCAGAUCUCAGACCAACAAAAUGAAAGAAUGUUGACUUUGGAAGCGUCAACCUUGAAGGGCGCUGACCUUGAACGUUGACCUUGACCGCGUGUGCCCCGCGGCGGAGUGUCGUUUUGCGGCGUGUUUGAUGUCCACUGCCCGUGGAUCCGAUGCUCGGAGGGGUUCUGGUCGUUGAAAUGAAUCGCCCGGAACCGAAGCUGUCCUUCCAUGCUGCCGCCUUUCUUCUGCUCCGCCUGGAGCGCAUGAGGAAGGUGUUCAAACGGCGCAGGAGCAAGCAGCGGAAACCCAACUGCCAAGUGACCGAGUCCGGUCUCCCGGCCACCUCACGACCUCAGUUGGUGCGUUCACGGACGCUGCCCGCCAUCGUCGUGCCCGGAGCAGGGGACGGCGACCCAGACUCGCAGGAUGAUGGCGUCGACAAGAAAGACGGUCGUCAUGCGAUAUCGAAUACUGCGUCACCUAUCGGCGGAGUUCGAAACUUCAGCCUGCGCAACCCGCCGAGUCCGGCGCUGCUGCGGGUUCCCAACACGGACUCUCGGAUCAGUGCGUUAUCGAGACUGUUGAGCCCUGAUCGGCCAUCGUGGACUAGCCUCAACGACUCUAGUGCCGACUGCAGUCCUACACCGCUGCGACGCUCCACAUCCAUAGACAGCUUGAACCGGCCCAGCCCACCUCGCAGCCAACCAGAAGACAGCUCCGACAGCCCUCCGAAGCCGGCCAGCCAAUCACAGUCGCGGAAAGGCAGCGCCGAGUCGCCCGGGAUCCGCCGCAGGCUCUACAAGGACAAACUAGAUGGGCUACCUCCCAACGGGCGCCGUACCUCAGAGCCCCGCACACCCGAGCUGGCAUACAUGGAUGUGGACGUGGAUGUGGAAUGUGGCACACCGGACGUGUGGUGGGGGAUGUGGAUGAGUGAUGUCCACACUCACAGCGGCUUCCACAGGGGAGAUUCACGGGGGUUUCACAGGAAAACGGAGGCGGGCAUUG